AUGAAACUCCUAGAUAACAAGAGCUCGUCUGGCCUGCUCGACCUAUCACCAGACGUCCUGCGAGGGCCACAUGACAAGCACCCAGAGGCGGCCGAUAUUGCAGAGGAGAGUUUGUUGCACGGUCCAGUUUGUUAUAUUCCACCAAAUGCGUAUGAUCUCACAGACGAAGAAAUGAUUUACAACUCAGCAAGCAAAACCAAGGGCUCAGCAGGGCCAUCGGGAAUGGACCCGGAGCUUUACGGGAGAAUCCUGUGCUCUAAGAACUUUAAGACUGAGGGUAAAAUCCUAAGAGAAGAGAUAGCUGUGUUCACGAGAAAUCUGUUUAAGAAAUCGUACCAUCCAUCUUUACUCGAGGCCUUUACAUCUUGCAGGCUCAUCCCGCUCGACAAGAACCCUGGAAUCAGACCAAUUGGUGUUGGAGAGGUCCUGAGGCGUAUAGUGGGGAAAAACGGUCAGCGGUUUCUUAAAGGAGGAAAUAAAAGAAGCGGCAGAUCCCCUACAAGUUUGUGCUGGUCAUAGUACAGGAGUGGACGCUGCGAUACAUGGAAUGAGCCAAGUGUUUGAAGAAGAAGGAAGAGAUGGGUUUCUGUUGAUCGAUGCAAGUAACGCCUUUAACCAAAUGAACAGGUCAGCGGCUUUGCACAAUAUACAGAUCACGUGCAAGGAAAUGGCGCUCUAUGUAAUAAACACCUACAGAAGCCCAUCCAGACUGUUUAUCUGCCGUGGAGGUGAAAUACUUUCACAAGAAGGCACUACCCAGGGGGAACCCCUAGCGAUUCCAUGGUACUCAGUCAAUACAUCUAUGAUGAUUCAGAAUCUGAGGGCGCACUGCCCGAUGGUUAAACAGGUGUGGCUUGCAGACGACUCUGCUGGAGGCGGGAGAAUCGCGCAGUUGUACGACUGGUACAAGCAAUUGACUAAAGAGAGAGAAAAGAAUGGAUAUCUCGUGAACGGGUCAAAGAGCUGA